CAAGCACACCAUGGAUAAUUCUGUGCCUCUUCCCUCCAAUCUCCCCAACACAAUCUCCUCUGACUCUGAGUUUAAUGCUGCAUAUAACCGUUGUGUGGCCCUCCAGGAUCAGGCCCAUAUCAUGCAGCUGGACCCACCACCACACCCAUCAACUCUCAUGUGUGCUCGUAUCCUUGGAUACAUGCUAAUAUAUGCACCAAGUGAUGCUGGUCAGUUGCAACAUCACAAAGGACAUUGGCAAAUGUACUGAUGAUAAAAAGCUUAUUCACCUUGCCCAACUCAUCUAUGAUCAUUUCAUUCAUUUGUUUGAGUUUGCUCCAAGUCAGACCCCUGAAUCCUCUUUCCUCACUUCUGACCUAUCAUUUGACACCCUCAAGGCAGAGGAGAGCCCCAUGGAUCAAAGAACAGCAAAAGUGCAUGCCCUCAUUCGGGAUAAAUUUCGCUGUGUUGUUACUAGUGCUAUUGAUUCCACUGCCUACCACAAUCAAAGACAGCUUGUGGCAGAGGCUUUAGAUAAAAAUUUGUCUGUCUUUUCCACAAAAGCUGCUUAUAUUUUUCCAGCUUCCAUCAGCAAAGGCAUUUCUGGUGAGGACAACCUUAAGCCUGAGGAUGUAGUGAAUGCACAGACCAUAGUAAACCAUCUUUCAGGCUAUGACAUCAAGCAAGAACUUGAUGAUAUUAAGAUCCAUCAUCUUGAAAAUAUCUUGACUUUGGCUGUGCAUGUGCAUGCAAUGUUUAAUAGGCUUGACUUGUGGUUUGAAGAAAUGGACACACACCAUGAUAUGCAACACACAUAUCAAGUGUGUGGAGACCCUCAAACUAUACGAGCACUUCCUCCUACUGUAACAUUCACAACUGAUGAUCCUCUUCACUUACCUCUACCUAGUCCACACUACCUUGGUAUCCAUGCAGCAUGUUGCAAAGUUGCUUGGCUUUCUGGAGCAAAAGACUAUAUUGAGAAGACUUUUGGGGAUAUGGAAGAAAUACAGGCUAUGGCAUCUGAUGGAUCAUCUGCAGAAGCUUUGCACUGUGCUUUGAUUCAUGCACUCCCAUCUGAACCAGUAUUUUGAAAGCAUCUAUACAUAAAU